AAACUGAAUGCUGAAUAAAAGAAGACAGUAAUGAGACUCUAUUCAUUGCAAAAUAGCAAUGAAAAAAUGAUGUCACUACUUGUAUUCAGACCAAGAUAAAUAAAUGUUACAUACUUUUUGUAAAAAAAAUAUGGUGCAUUAUUUGACCCUCUUAACUUUGAUGGUUAUUUCAUGUAAUCAAGGGAUGAAUGUAAAAAGCCAAGUGGAAAAAUAUGAGCCAGAUUAUUUAAUUUAUCAUAAUUACACCCAAGCUUUUGCUGAUGUCAUGAGUUUGGCUCAGAAAUACCCAGAUUACAUACAGACUCUAGACAAGUAUAAAUCUGGAUCUGGAUUAUCACAGCUAGUGAUCAGAAUCACCAAUUUUUCAAAUCCAUUUUUAGAAAAUAAUGUCAAGAUUUUAAUGGCCUACGGUGAACAUGCGAGAGAAUUUUUCCCUAUUGAGAGUAUGUUUUACUUUCUCAAUAAUUUGACACAGGGCUUGGAGAAAACAAUAAACUGUCUCAGUGAAUCUUUUACCAAAUGGGUGUUGAAUCGUUUUGAUAUUUAUAUUAUUGCUUUAACUAACCCUGAUGGAAAAGAUUACAUUGAGAAAUCUAAAAAUUACUGCUGGCGUGGAAAUGCUAAAGGAAUAGACAUCAACCGCAACUUUGAUUGGAAUUUCGGAGAUAUUGGAAGCUCGAAAGAUCCUAAUGAUGGUGAAUACAGAGGGCCAAGUGCUUUCUCUGAGCCUGAGACAGAAGUAUUUAGAGAGCUUUCAAGACUAGUGAAUUUUGAUGGAUUCUUUUCCUUUCAUUCUGGAAUACGACACAUCUACAUUCCUUUUGCAGACUCAAAGUCUAAACGUAUUCACAGAGUACCUCAUAACAAAAACAGAAUAAUAGAACUUUCCAAACAAAUGGCUAGAGCUUCACCUUUACGUCUGUUUCAAUUUGGACUUGCUCAUAAGCUAAAUGGUUACACUGCUGAUGGAACAUCUUUUGAUUACAUGGCUGGUGUUGCCAAGGUUCCCUUCUCUUUGGCUAUUGAGAUGUGGGGUCAUGAUAACCAUGUAGGCAAUAGUUGCUUUGAUGAGUUCAAUCCUGAGAGUGAAAAGCUUGAGGAGGAACUAGUUUUAGUGCACCCACUUUAUGUUGAAUUUUUAACAUACCUUGACAGAUGGAAGAAGGACAUAUUAAAUUUGGAGGAAACCUCUGAUGCUAAGCUAAGAAGAAGUAUUGUUGACUUGGAACAAGGGGAACAACCUUUUGAAGAUCUGACAGAAAGUCCUUCUAAGAAAACUGGUGCCUUACAUGAAGACCUACUGAUGUACAUGCUGUUACUAUUGUUGUUAGCUGUAGUGAUAGGGAUUAUAGGACUAAAAUAUAUAUGCGGCAACUCUCGCAAGAAGCGUGUCAUUAGUUUGAAAUCACUUAGCUCAACAUUUUUGCUACUUAGAAGCUUAUGACGCAGUUUGUAAUAUUUUUAUUUGUGUGUUUUUUAUAUAUAUAUAUAUAUAUAUAUAUAUAUUUGUUAUUAUAAAAAGAUCUGGUUUAUAAGAGACUAUUGGCUGUAUUUUUUGCUGUGCAAAAAAAAAUAUGUAUAUAUUCUUUUACAUACUUUAUAAUUGUAUUUAAUGGAAAAGUUUUAAUUUAAAACUUUCCUGUUCGUUGUUAAUUUUUAGAUCAUUAAAUGUUUUCUGAUAAAUUAUAAUAGAUGCUUUAAAAGAAUUGCCCAUUUUCAGUAUUUUUUAAGGCUGAUAUUUCUUCUAUUUUGGAUUAGAAUCUAACUCACUUUUCACAUUUUAUUUUAAAUCUUCAAAUGAGUUGUUGAUGUUUUGUGUACUAUCUGAGCAUGGUAUAAAUGCAUAAGCAGAUUUAAUAACAAUUUGUCUGGGUAAUAAUUUGCCAAAAGUGCCAAUUCUCAUAUCUCUGAUAUAUUUAAACUAAAAAAUUUUUCUUCAUAGGAAUCUUUUGUUGUUUUUUUUUCAAAUAAAUUUUCAUGGAAUAAAAAUAUUUUUAAACUUGCUUGACACACACACAAGAAGUCUAAUUUAUGGGGCAUCACUCAGAUUACAAUGCUAAGAAACUAAGAGAUACAGUGAAAUCAGCAAAUGUUGACAUCCUUACUAGAAUUACAAGUUUUACAGAGCAUAAGUAACUAAGCUAAACCUAAAGGCAUUUAGCAUAUACCGGUAUUUACUUUUUUUUUUUACUUGGAUUUUGAGAUAAUAUUUUCACUAGAAUUUUUUAAAUGUUUUUUGUGAAAGUGACUUGUGCUAUGUUUAGCAUUUAUACUCUUAAACUUUUUGUGUGUCUUUACUGAAGGCUGUAGUUCAAGUAAUAUUUUGUCAUUACUCUACCCACUUUGUGUCUUUCCUACACACAUUAGAAAUGCACACAGUUAUAUCAGUAAUACUUGAUAGUCUACAUGAAUGUUGAUCUUGAUGUAGACAUUAUUAUUUGAAUAUUUGCGCUGAAAGCUUUUCCAUAUUUAACAAAUCCGGCAUAUAUUAAGUGGAUUGUUAUGACCUGAUGGCUGCUCACAUUCAGCCAAGAAUUUUAUUCUCUCCUUUGAUUGAAGAAUUCUUUUGCAAAUGUUGUCACCAUCAUGUUGCCCUUCUUGCCAUAUAGCUUGAGAUGUUAGCAUUUGUAAUGGUGAAAGUCAUUACUUAUAAAAUGUCUAGUGGUGUUUGCCUCGGGUAGCUUUGUCCUGACUGUCUAAGUGUAGGUCUCUGAAAGCAUCAUCCUCCAUUUAAUGGAAAGACCAGCUUUAAAACUCCAAUAGAGCACUUUGUGCAUGAAGGAUUUUAAUUUAAUUAGCUUUUCCACUUAUUGAUAGAAACUCAAAGCCAUAGUAAUAAAUCACUCCUUUUAUCUUGUUUGCUUCCAGCACUGCCAUGUUUCUCCUCAGGUAGGGAGGGGCCAUGCCAUUCAUUAUUUUAGAAGUACAUAUCAAACUUGUCCUAAAGGGGCUAUAUUAAAACUAAGUGUCAAGUGCUAUAAGGGCUGUCCUGCAAUGGCAAGCUGCAUUUUGAUAGAAAUUCUAUAGUACCAAUGUACACACAAAAUGCCUCACAUUGUCCUGGCUAAUAUUCCUACUAAGUUGUGAUUCUCUAGUAUUUGGUAAGGGUACUUUAAAAUUCUGUCUAUUCCUAAGCUAGAAUAUUUUAUAAUUUCUUUUACAUUGUUAUUUAUUUUGAUUUACUAAUUAUAAAUUCAUUGAAAUCCAACAAAACAUAUAAACACUAUACACCAUCCUUAUUCAUUUUGAUUGUGUUUUUUUUUCAAUUGUAUGUAUUACUAUAAUAAAUACAAUAAGACAUUAUUUUUGCCGCUGAACAUUUAAUAAAAGUACAGUAUUUUAUGUGACUCUGCAAGCCCAGAUAUCUACAUAUUUUUUAUUCAAUCUGAUAAAAACAAAGCAGUUAUUUUCUGGGAGUUAUGUUCUCUUUUUAUUUUCUCUGUUUCUGACCUUAAUUUUCCAUUGGAUCUCAAAUGUGUAUUGUGUGUACUUUUUUCAGCUCAGCUGUUUUUUUCCAUUUUUCUGGAGAGUGUAAUUGUUAAACAGUCAUCCUUUAAUCUUGAUGACAAAUAUUUUUAUUAGCAUAAGAUCGUCUACCAUGCAGUAUAGCUGCCUUACCCAGCACAACUGUUGAAUAUAGGUAUUUUUCUAUUUAAGUCCAUGGUGUCAGUUGUCAUCAUUAUUUAUUCAAUGAACACCAAUAGAACUACCAAUUUCUUGUUUUGUUUUUUUUCAACAAGAUUCUUCUCGACAGUAAAAACAAAGGUACACCCCUCUCACAUGACCGAUGUCUCAAGUACAAUGAACACACAAUGAGCUUGAUCUUCUAACAUGCUUGACGCACAAAGAAAAUAAACAACUCACUUGCACUGCAAGGGUUGCAAGAUUUGGCUUUUUUUUUAUAUAUUUAUAUAAUACAAUACAAAUAAUGAUCACAAUGGAACACUGGAAACUAGUUCUCAAUUGCUCCUCAUGGUGUGAAGCAGUGAGUGUCGAAGUCUCAAAACACAAGGGUAGGAGAGCGGCUUGCGUGAAAGAACACAGAAUGAACAAAAGGCUGAGACAAGAAUCAGGCUUAUCUUACCCAUGCCAUGUCUGUGGCUGGCUUUUGAAAGGGAGGAUUGGACUUAAUAGUCAUCUUCAAGUUCAUAGUAAAUGAGAAAUGUGCUCAUCUUCUACCACCAAGGAGGAGCUAUAUGUAUGUAUAAUCCACCCUUUGUACAUUAAUUAAAAACCCAUUAACUACCAAAACUUUAUUACUGCAUUAAAUAUAAAUUUUCUAUUAAAUAUCAAUUUCUAUUGGUCAAACUAAGACAUUGCAAAAAGAAUUUUUGAAAAAUUCCAUAUAGUAACGAUUCUGUGAGAUGUACACUGGCAGUGUACGUAGCAGGAAGUGGCCCCGUGAGGAACAUUAUAUAAAAAAAGUAAUAUUUUUUUUUUACAAUCUUUAAGUGAAAACAGAUUAGUUAAUAACAUUGAAAAACACACUAAUAAGCAUUUUAAUGCAAAAAAAGUAUAUUUUAAUGCUUUUUUUACUAAAAAAUUAUAACAAUAUAGUAAAAAAAUAGGCAUCAAAUGUACAACAUUAUAUGGUACUAACCAGUACUAUCCAGAUAUAUUUUUUACAACAAAAAAUAAUAAUACAAUAGUGAGAUAUUCAAAGAUCAUGUCCAUAAGCAAAGACUUUAAUAUUUGAAGUGCGGUUGAACCAAACAUACUUUAUAUGUUCGUAUAUUCGUAUAUUCAUAUGCUUAUCAGUUAUGUAAUAAUCAUAAAUUCCAUUUUUUUUCGAAUUCUUUUCAUUGGGUCGCAGUCAUAGUUUUGGCAUUUUCAAGUUUGUUAGCUUUAAUAAAGUCAAUAGACUCAAUUCCCUUGUGAUAUUAGCUCUGCUAAUUAGCUAUACUAAAUUGUGACUAAAUUGUAAAAAUAAGUAUACAUAAUAAAUAACGGUGUCAUGGAGGUAAACAUAUUAUGUUAUGAUAUAACACAAGGACCUAAUAACAAAUUAUAAGAUUCUAAUGUCAUUGAAACUCUAUAAUGCUUUUGUCUAAUUCAUUUAUUUACUAUUAGAUAUCAGGUUCUUAUCUUGAUUCUUAAUGAUGACAUUGUGAACUGUUAAUAUUUACUUGAGACUCUAAAAAAAUAUUAUAAAUAUCUAUAAUUAUUAUUAUAAUUUUUUUUUAACAUAACCAUACAUCAAUAGGAUUAUAAUUUGCUAAUGGGACAAAUAUUUUUCUAAGUAGUUAGUUAAAAUACUAUAGCCUAGGAGAACUGCAUGAAGUAAAAUAAAACAAAACAAAAUAUAUAAAAGGAAUUAUUAUAUUAUUGUUUAUAUGUUUUCAAAAAAUAACCUUAUAAUCACAUUAUUAGUUCUAUAAUAUGCAAUUAUAAGGGCACUCAUUAUGUAUAGCAAUAAUAUAUGAUAAUAUUGGUUAAAACAAACAAAUCUAUGUUCUAAAUAAAGUCUUGAUUUAUUUCGAUUCAUAUAUCAGUAAUUGAUUCCUAUAGUGGCAUAUCCUGCCAUGUACACUGGGAGUGUACGUUACAUAAAAUUAAAAUUUGAAAAGACCAUGCUAUAAAUGUUAAAUCUAUUAAUUAAUUAUAAUACUAGGAUACUUUAUGUUUCUAAAUCAAGUAGUUUUAUUUGAAAAUAUUUAUAUACAUGUGUUAUUACUUACAUUUUCCGAACAGGUUUCAUUUUUUUCAAUUUUUAACAAUGUUGUCACUUCCUAGCGCAAUAAAAUAAUAAAACGAAAUUGUAAAAGUCAAACAGCACGUGGCAAUACGUAGACAAACAUGUUCUUAAACGAAAACAAAAGAAAAAAUAGAAAAAACUUUAAUAGUUUUUUUUAUAUAAGUUUUUGAAAAAUGUACACUGCCAGUGUACAAAGUAGGAUAUGGGUAUAAAAAUGGAUGUAAGUCUUCUUUGUCAUUCUUUACUUUGUAUUACAAAUGAAGUUUAUUAUGUCCUACCUCAAACCUCCUGAAGGAUGGCAGUGGGCUGGGCUUCAACUCUGGACUAUUAAGGCAACAGCCUGAAGCGUAUAGCACAGUCACAAAUGUGUUUUUUUUAAAUUCAAUGGUCUUUUCAGAAUUUUGUUAAGUUCACUUUCAUUUAUUAGUUUUAAUUUUUAACCUCUUUUUUUUCUCCAUUGCAUAGCUUCAAUGGAAUGCUUUAGCUUACAAUUCUUUUAUAAGAUUUCCUGAAGAUGAUAAUUGAUACAUAAUCUUGUUCUAAUUUCUUUCAGACUUAAAAUCCUGUUUAUUCACUGAAUUGCUUACAUUAUUUUCCUUUACAAAAUGUGUGUAACAUUUUUAAGACAUAACUUCUGUAAUACUGAUUUGGUCUUAUUGUUAUUCAGUACAAAUGUAUAGAAUGUUUAAAAUUUAUUCAGUAAUACAUAUGAGACAAAACCUUAGUGUGAACCAUGUCUGCAGUUCAAAUUAAUGUAUCUUGAUUUUGCUUGGCACUGUAAGAAUCUAUUGAACCAGAUUCAGCGGUAAACUGUCAAGUAUGUCAGGAUUAGCUGAAAAUCUAUGUGAUAGCCUUUUAGACAGUUUUCUUCUUAGUAUACCUUUAUACAGUUCUAAGGUUGUUGUUUUUUUCUCCUGGGUUUAUAAGAAAUAGCUUAAAGAGUAAUUUUCUUAGAGAAUAAGUUUUUUUUUCUGCAAAUCUAAAUAUUUUUUUUUACAUAUAAGAUUGCUGAAAAAACAUAAAUAUCCAUGAAAACAUAAUUGGGCUAUUGCCCUUAAAAUAUUAAAUGCUCACCAUUCUUCUGUUAUUUUAGAAUAGAUAUGAAAAUUUUACUCAUUAUGAUUUUAUUUUACAUUAGUUUGAUUCAUGAAUUGUGAUAGGAUCUCAUACAUUCCUUUUACGAUAUAAUCUAUUACAUUAUUAUUUGAGUUAUGUUUACCUAGAACUAGACAAUGCACUUACCUUAAUUAACUCUUGAGAAUGAUCCAGAAAAUGUAAUUUGUGAUAUGAAUAAUGCAGGUUUGUAUUAAAGAUAACAGUUAUACUGUUGUAUUUGUUUCCAUAGCAAGCGAAGAAAACUGCUGACAACAAACUAAUGUAUAGAGCAUUAUCAACAGAAAAUAAUCAUUUGAAAGACUUAAAUGUUGUUGUUUUUUCUUAUAAUCAAAUAUGUUUUUUAUUGAUUGUACAAUUGCUACCUGAGAAAUCUCUUAUUGUAAAGUAAAGCUUUUUUUUCUUUUAAUUAUUAUUGUAAAUUGUUUUAUGAAAUAAUAAGUCUUAUGAAAUUAUUUAGUUUUCAGGAUUUUCUAAAAGGCAUAAAAUACCAUGUAAUGAAAAAAAAAGUUUAAACAUGUUUUAAAUAUUAUUAUGUCUAGUAAUUGAAUUUUAAAAUACUGUUUUGCUAUUUACUUUUAACAUGGAUAUGAAGUCAGAUUUCUCUAUAAUAGUUUCCCAAUAGAAAAUAGUAAAUUAUCACAGUUUA